GGGCGCCCAAGGAGAAAGAACCAAGAAUAGAAAAAAGGCGCCCAAUUCCUUGAAACGCAGCGUUUGGAGUACGCUGGGGUUUUCUUCUCCAGUCGGGAGCGGGGAGGAUUCUCUCUGAGACAGUGAGACUCCAUAGUCGCUCUCUCUCUCUCUCUCUCUCUCUCGCUCGCCGCGGCGACGCACGAACGAAUCCAAACAGCUCCAACGACUUCUUUCGAUAAGCUGAAGGAUCGAUGGCUGCAUCUUGGGAAAUCACAGCAGCUGAGUUCUUGCGUGGUUCCCAUAGGCAGAAAUUGUUUUUGCAAAAGAGAGACAAUCAUAGUCAGAGAAGUCCUCUUUGGGGUACACUUUAUAGUCAAAGUCGAGCACAUGGAUUAUCUAAGAGAGAAGUUCGUUCCUUGAGGUGCUUUGCUCAAGCAAAGCCUAGAGCUGUGGUUUCAGGGGCUGUAAGCACUUCAUUAGAUGAAGAAUCAAGCAAGACUAGGGAUUCAACAGGACAUGUUCUACAUUUUUAUCGCAUCCCUUUGAUUCAGGGUAGUGCUACUGCUGAACUACUUAAGUUGGUUCAGACAAAACUUUCAAAUCAGAUCAUUGAUUUGAAAACUGAACAGUGUUUUAAUAUUGGGCUAGAUUCAGAGCUUUCAAGUGAGAAACUUUUAGUUCUCAAGUGGCUUCUUCAAGAAACUUAUGAGCCUGAAAAUUUGGGGACCGAGAGCUUUCUUGAUAAAGAAAGACAAGAUGGCAUUUCUAAAGUGAUUAUUGAGGUUGGCCCUCGGUUGUCUUUUACAACAGCAUGGUCUUCUAAUGCUGUAUCAAUUUGCCAAGCAUGUGGCCUGACAGAGGUGACCCGUGUGGAACGAUCAAGGAGAUAUAUGUUGUAUGUUAAGGCUGGCAAUGAUGCAUUACAAGAUUGCCAGAUUAACGACUUUGCUGCAAUGGUUCAUGAUCGAAUGACUGAAUGCGUUUAUACCCAGAAGCUGACAUCAUUCGAGACUAGUGUAGCUCCAGAGGAAGUUCAGCGCGUGCCAGUCAUGGAGAGGGGCCGUGAGGCAUUGGAGGAAAUUAAUCAGAAAAUGGGUUUGGCAUUUGAUGAGCAAGAUAUUCAGUAUUAUACUAGGCUUUUCAGGGAUGAGAUCAAGCGGAACCCAACAACUGUGGAAUUAUUUGAUAUUGCACAGUCAAAUAGUGAGCAUAGCAGACACUGGUUUUUUACAGGAAAAAUUGUUAUUGAUGGGCAUCCAGUAAGUAGGACACUAAUGCAGAUUGUGAAGAGCACAUUGCAGGCUAAUCCAAACAAUUCUGUCAUUGGCUUCAAGGACAACUCAAGUGCUAUCAAGGGAUUUCCUGUGAAGCAGUUGAGACCAAUUCGUCCUGGUUCAACAUGUGCAUUGGAUACUGCUGCCUGUGACCUUGAUAUUUUAUUCACAGCUGAGACUCACAAUUUCCCAUGUGCAGUGGCUCCCUACCCUGGUGCAGAGACAGGUGCAGGGGGGCGUAUCAGGGAUACCCAUGCUACAGGAAGGGGGUCGUUUGUUGUUGCUGCUACUGCUGGUUAUUGUGUUGGGAACCUUAAUAUAGAAGGAUCUUAUGCUCCAUGGGAAGAUUCGUCAUUCUCAUACCCAGCAAACUUGGCUCCCCCUCUGCAGAUUCUCAUUGAUGCUAGCAAUGGUGCAUCAGACUAUGGGAACAAGUUUGGAGAGCCCUUGAUUCAAGGCUAUACAAGAACUUUUGGAAUGAGGCUCCCUAGUGGGGAAAGGCGAGAAUGGUUAAAGCCAAUCAUGUUCAGCGGGGGAAUCGGACAGAUUGAUCACAACCACAUAUCAAAAGGAGAGCCAGACAUUGGAAUGUUAGUUGUAAAAAUUGGAGGUCCUGCAUAUCGUAUUGGUAUGGGAGGUGGAGCUGCAUCGAGCAUGGUUAGUGGCCAGAAUGAUGCUGAGCUUGAUUUUAAUGCUGUACAGCGCGGAGAUGCAGAAAUGGCGCAGAAAUUGUAUCGUGUUGUUCGUUCUUGCAUUGAAAUGGGAGAGAAUAAUCCGAUCAUCAGUAUUCAUGAUCAGGGUGCUGGUGGGAACUGUAAUGUCGUGAAGGAAAUAAUAUACCCAAAGGGUGCUCAGAUUGAUAUCCGAGCAAUUGUAGUUGGUGACCAUACCAUGUCAGUUUUGGAGAUAUGGGGUGCUGAAUACCAAGAACAAGAUGCAAUUUUGGUGAAGCCUGAAAGCCGUAGCAUGUUACAGUCAAUAUGUAAAAGAGAAAGGGUCUCUAUGGCUGUUAUUGGAGCUAUAAGUGGUGAGGGGCGUGUUGUUCUAGUUGAUAGCUUAGCUACUCAGAGAAGCCGUGCAAAAGGACUCCCUCCACCUGUUCCUGCUGUUGAUCUUGAGCUCGAGAAAGUUCUUGGGGACAUGCCUCAGAAAUGUUUUGAAUUCCAUCAUAUGGCUUAUGCUCGAGAACCACUCGAUAUUGCUCCUGGCAUCACGGUGAUAGAUUGUCUGAAGCGGGUGCUAAGACUUCCAUCUGUCUGUUCAAAGCGCUUUUUAACAACCAAAGUUGAUAGGUGUGUAACUGGUCUUGUGGCACAGCAGCAAACUGUUGGUCCCUUGCAAAUUACACUUUCUGAUGUUGCAGUAAUUGCGCAGAGUUAUACUGACUUGACUGGAGGUGCAUGUGCAAUUGGGGAACAGCCAAUCAAAGGUCUGCUGAAUCCAAAAUCAAUGGCAAGAUUGGCUGUUGGAGAGGCACUCACAAAUCUUGUUUGGGCAAAGAUCACUUCUCUUUCGGAUGUUAAAGCAAGUGGGAAUUGGAUGUAUGCUGCCAAGCUUGAUGGGGAAGGAGCUGACAUGUAUGAUGCUGCAGUGGCACUUUCUGAAGCUAUGAUAGAACUUGGUAUAGCUAUUGAUGGGGGAAAAGACAGUCUUUCCAUGGCGGCCCGUGCUUCAGGUGAGGUUGUUAAGGCUCCAGGAAAUCUUGUAAUCAGUGCCUAUGUCACUUGUCCAGAUAUUACGAAAACAGUGACUCCAGAUUUGAAGUUAGGAGAUGAUGGUAUUCUGCUUCAUAUUGAUUUGGCCAAGGGAAAGCGGCGAUUAGGUGGUUCGGCUCUUGCUCAGGUUUUUGACCAAAUUGGGGAUGAGUGCCCUGAUAUUGAUGAUGUUCCUUACCUUAAGAGAGUUUUUGAGGGGGUUCAGGAACUUAUUUCAGCGGAUCUGAUUUCUGCUGGACAUGAUAUUAGUGAUGGUGGGUUGCUUGUUUGUGUUUUAGAGAUGGCAUUUGCUGGAAAUUGUGGCAUUCUUUUGGACUUGACCUCCCCAAAAAAUAGGCUUUUCCAAACACUUUUUGCAGAAGAGCUUGGUCUUGUUCUUGAGGUUAGCAGGAAGAACUUGGAUUUGGUAAUAGAAAAGCUCAACAUGACUGGUGUUUCAACUGAGAUUAUUGGGUCUACAACCCACAAUUCUUUGAUCGAAUUAAAGGUUGAUGGGAUAGCCCAUUUGAAUGAGGAAACGGCAUACCUGAGGGACAUGUGGGAGGAAACCAGUUUUCAACUGGAGAAGUUUCAAAGGUUAGCUUCUUGUGUGGAUUUAGAAAAAGAAGGGUUGAAGAGUAGGUGCGAACCUGCUUGGGCAUUGUCCUUUACUCCUGCAUUUACAGAGGACAAAUAUAUGGCUGCAAUAUCAAAACCAAAAGUGGCUGUUAUUCGGGAGGAAGGCAGCAAUGGGGACAGAGAAAUGUCAGCAGCAUUUUAUGCGGCUGGUUUUGAACCAUGGGAUGUUACGAUGUCUGACCUUCUUAAUGGGGUUGUCUCACUGCAUGAGUUCUGUGGAAUUGUGUUUGUAGGAGGAUUUAGCUAUGCUGAUGUGCUUGAUUCUGCAAAAGGUUGGUCAGCUUCGAUUCGAUUCAACAAGCCCCUUCUAAAUCAAUUUCAAGAGUUUUAUGAACGGCCAGACACUUUCAGUUUAGGGAUUUGCAAUGGGUGUCAACUCAUGGCUCUGUUGGGGUGGGUUCCAGGCCCCAACGUUGGUGGUGUGCUUGGCACUGGUGGGGAUCCAUCACAGCCAAGAUUCAUCCACAAUGUGUCAGGACGGUUUGAGUGUCGCUUCACAAGUGUGACAAUAAAUGACUCACCUGCUAUAAUGUUUAAAGGAAUGAAGGGCAGCACAUUGGGUGUGUGGGCUGCGCAUGGUGAGGGUAGAGCAUAUUUCCCUGAUGAUGGCAUAUUGAGUCACAUGCUUGAUUCAAAUUUGGCCCCAUUAAGAUACUGUGAUGAUGAUGGAAAACCGACAGAAGUCUACCCUUUCAAUCUAAAUGGAUCUCCUCUGGGUGUGGCAGCAAUUUGUUCUCCAGAUGGUAGGCAUUUAGCCAUGAUGCCUCAUCCAGAGCGUUGCUUCUUGAUGUGGCAGUUCCCAUGGUAUCCAAAGCAGUGGGAUGUUGACAAGAAAGGGCCCAGCCCGUGGUUGCGGAUGUUCCAAAAUGCCAGAGAGUGGUGCUCUUGAUGCAGGGGCUUGAUCCCUGAAUAUGUGUGAGGUUUUUGUUAUGGAUAAAGUUUGUACACUUUUGAAAGCCAGGAGGUGUGUUCUUCUGUUGUCACCUAUUUCUGAGGAAAUACAUGGUUUUUAUUUUUCCCCUUAAUUUUUUACGUCCCAAAAAUACUGACAGAAAUUGGGUGGAAAAAGAGGGGUUAAAAUUUUAUUUAUUUUAUGUUUCUCCCGAUUAUAUUGUAUUUUCUUUUCUUUGUUGCCAAAUGGAUAAUCUAUGAGAACUAAAUAAUUUAUAAUGGAAAAUGCAUCAUCAUCAUUAUUAUGAUUUGCUUUUAAA